GACUCAUCUGGCCUAAAGAAGUAAAAUGUUUUGGAAAUGAAACUUAUAUAAGUGAAUGUCAGCGCAAUGCUUUUGAAACACACAACUGUGGACACAAUAUGGAUGUUCAUGUAUUUUGUUUAGGUUACCCAGUUCGAUUGGCUGGGUCUUCUCGAUGCUCUGGACGAGUGGAAAUCUUUUACAACUAUACAUGGGGUACAGUAUGUGAUGACAGCUGAGACAUGGAUGAUGCCCAGGUUGUCUGCAGCCAGUUGGGUUGUGGUACAGCACUUGCUGCCCCUCAAACAGCAUACUUUGGACAAGGAACGGGUAAAAUUUGGCUGGAUGAUUUGGCAUGUACAGGCAGCGAAAGACAUCUAUCUGAAUGCUCACACAGAGGAUUUGGAAAUCACGACUGUAAUCACAAUGAAGAUUCUAGUGUGAUCUGCUUGGGUGGCAGCAUCAGGUUAGGUGGGCCAGCUCGGUGCUCUGGAAGAGUUGAAAUCUACAACAAUGGGACCUGGGGAACAGUGUGCAAUGAUAACUGGGACAUGAAUGAUGCUAGAGUUGUCUGCAGACAGCUGGGCUGUGGAACAGCAGUGAGUCUCCGUCAGUUUGCACAAACAACAGGACAAAAUCGGCUUGGCGAGGUGUCUUGUAUAGGCAGGGAAAGAUAUCUCAGUGAGUGCUCCCACAGUGGAUUUGGGACACAUAAUUGUGUUCAUAGCCAGGAUGCUGGAGUCGUUUGUUCUGAUCAAAUUCAGCCCAGAGUCACCAUGAAGCCUCCUGGUGAUAUAACAUGGGGUCACAGUGUCAGCAUUGGAUGUUCAGUCACUGACACACAAGUAGAAGGGACUUUCAUCUUUACAAGGUCACCUGGUUCGUUCAGUAAGAGUGUAGAGACUAGCAACAGCUCAGCAACUUUCUACAUCUCCCAGGUCAGUUUUGAGGAUAUGGGGUUUUACCAGUGUCAAUUUAAAGUAAGAGUUUUGAAUGAGGACUACAGCAGCAUCCUGAGUGACUCUGUCAGGCUAAAUGUUAUUCUUCCAAAACCAACCCUAACUAUGGAUCCCACUGGCUCAGUUCCCUGGGGUGACCUUGUUGCCAUGACUUGUUCCAUCGCAAUACAACAUUCAGAAGGAUGGUUCACUCUGGAGAAAACCUCUGGCUCAUUCACUAAGACGCACGCAUCAAGUACCAACUCUUCUACCUUCAGAUUUCUUGAAGCCAGCGAUAGAAACGAGGGAGAUUACCAGUGCUAUUACAGUACAACAGUGAAUUAUCAAACUAUAAUGUCUCCUUUUAGUCCAGUUGUUACAAUUUCUAUUACAGAUAUUUAAAGUAAAAUCCCCAAGAGAUAUGAAGAUCUUACACACACACACGUACUAGUCAAUAGUUCAGAGUUUCUACUCCAGUCAUCUUCUUGGCUAGUUCCCCCUUUUCACCAGCCCUCAAUUUAACUCUAGACUUGAAAUCAGGUUUAUACAUGUGAAUACUGUCAUAUACAUCUUUUGGACGAAACCCAUGAACAUCUUUCUUUAAAUUACACUUGGGUUCUUCACAUGGGUAACUUUACAUGGAAGCUAACAAAGUUGAGAAAUUUUGUUGUGCUUUAAGACAAAUGUCAAUAAUAAAGCAAUGAAAAAUGUGUGAUGGUGUUUGUAAGGUCUAUGUAACAUUUUA